AUGAAGCCUGCAGUAUGUGCUCUGGUUUGCAUAUGUCUGGGCAGUAUAUGGACAAGUGCAGUAUCCCAGCCUGUUGAUAGUAGCGCAACAAAUGACAUCCAGAAGUUGAGCCGUCGUUAUGCUGAAUCAACAAUUGCAAGUGACAUCAGUAAGAUUAUGGACUCCAUGGUUCAGAAGAACUUUGUGAAAUUUCUCCUUAAUCAGAGAGAGAAGAAGAGUGUACCAACUAUGGCAGGUGAUCCAGACUACAGCAUCUUCAAUGACCUCCUGAAAAAGGAGUUCAUGAUGUUGGUUCACAGUAAAGGGGAUGCAUUCAAGAAUCAAUAA